AUUUUCAAUUGUCUAGUGUUUAUUUUCUGUAUUUUUCACACAAAAACCGGUAGAAAUGUCGGAUGAAGAAGUUCUUAAUAAUGAAGACGAACAAGAGGAGAACAUCAAUAACAACAAUUUGCCAUCGAUUGUAAAAGAAUUCGUCAGCGACUACACCGGAAGCAUCUGGGACGAGCUGCUCCGUCAACUCACUGCCCUGAUCCCCCGCGACUCUUCUGGACGUGGCCUAACAAACAUUUUCUCGUCCGGAGCUCUCGAAUCUCUUGUCGGGAAUCUGAUUUCCAAUGCUUCUCAUGAAUUUUUCGGUGUAAAUUCGGAAAACGGAGAGAUUAUUGGGGCUCUUGCUGGAAAUGCGAUGUUUAAUUUGGGUGGCGAGAAUAAUUCGUUGAGUAGUAUUGGAAAAGUUGUUCUGGAUAAUAUUGUCAGCGGGAAAUUCAAACGAGAAUGUCAUUCGUAUGUGCCUUUAAAGUGUCAGCCGCUUUAUUUUUACGAGGAACGUCAGAAAUGUUUGGAUGAGAAUCGAUUAUUUGAGGAUCCACAGUUUCCAGCCAACAACUCGUCAAUCUACUACAAAAAGCCCCCAAAAUCCCAUAUUGUUUGGCUACGUCCCGCGAAAAUAUUCGCGAAUCCGAGGCUCAUUGUCAAUGGCAAAAGCCGAUUCGAUGUUAGACAAGGAUCCCUCGGCAAUUGUUGGUUCCUGGCCGCCGCCGCCACUUUAGCUCAACGAGAUGAGCUCUUCUAUCGAGUAGUGCCACCUGAUCAGUCAUUCACGGAGAAUUACGCAGGAAUCUUUCAUUUUCAAUUCUGGAGAUAUGGAGAAUGGGUUGAUGUAGUAAUUGAUGAUCGACUGCCGACGGUUAAUGGAAAGUUGAUCUACAUGAGCUCUCAGGAUGGGGAUGAGUGUUGGGGACCUCUGUUGGAGAAGGCGUAUGCUAAACUCUACGGCACCUACGAGCACCUGGACGGUGGUACGACUACAGAGGCUCUCGAAGACUUUACUGGCGGACUAACUGAGUUCUACGAUCUCACUUCAACUGAUAAGACCAUGAUCUUGGCAAUGAUAAUGAAGGGUAUGCAGAUGGGAUCACUCUUCGCGUGUUCUAUUGAUCCGGAUCCGAGAGAGAAGGAGGCUCAGCUUGCCAAUGGACUGGUCAGAGGACAUGCAUACAGUGUUACCGGAGUUCAUACGGUGGAGACGGAUAAGGAAAAGGUGGCGCUUCUCCGUAUCCGAAACCCUUGGGGUGACACCGAGUGGAAUGGGGAUUGGAGUGAUAAGAGCUCACUGUGGGAGCAAGUCGACCAGGAGCAACGAGAGAAAAUGGAAUUCCGUAUCAAAGAGGACGGAGAGUUUUGGAUGUGCUUGGACGAUUUUAUGGCACAGUUUGCAAAUUUGGAUUGUUGUAAUCUGUCGGCAGAUGUUAUGCACGAGAUUACAGAGAUGACGGAGAUUGAGGUAAUGGAAAAACAGAGCAAACAAUGGAUCCAGAAAUCAGCUGACGGUGAAUGGUGUUCCCGCAAGGGUACCGCCGGAGGAUGCUCAAACAAUGAGAACACCUUUUGCACUAACCCACAGUAUGAGACCUACUUCCGUGCCACUUCUCCAUCAUCCAACGACAAAUGUACAGUAAUCGCGGCAGUCUUCCAAAAAUAUCGUCGCAACCAACUGCACCGUGGUCUCGACAUGUUGCAGAUCGGACUUUCGGUCUAUAAAAUGUCAGGCCCCAAUGAGAAAGUGACCGCCGAGAUGAUGAAAACCCACGCACCCAUUGCUUCUACCAAGCUCUUCGUGGACUAUCGCGAGGCUGUCGUACGGUUCACCGUUCCGCCUGGCUACUAUGUGAUUGUACCAUGCACAUUUGAACCGAACCAUGAUGCCGAGUUUCUGCUGAGAACCUUUUCCAAUGUGGAGUUUGAUAAAACACGCCUUCGUCGUCGUUGAUUGGACAGAAGAUUCUCGAACUUUCUUUCGCAUAAAUUUUGAUAUUCGAUUCGUGUUUUGUUUUCCACUUUGUAAUGAUUGUAGUUUAUAGUUUUGAAAGCGUGGGCGGAUGAAAUUACAGAUGAAAUUU